CUUUAACGUCAAUUAUCAUACUCCCAACAUGAGUGGACGUGGUAAAGCAGGAAAAUCGAAAGGAGGCAAGUCCAAGACCAGGUCGUCCCGUGCCGGACUCCAGUUCCCGGUCGGUCGUAUCCAUCGUCUGUUGAGAAAAGGAAACUACGCCGAACGUGUCGGAGCCGGAGCACCAGUGUACCUGGCCGCGGUCAUGGAAUACUUGGCAGCCGAAGUUUUGGAGUUGGCAGGUAACGCCGCCCGUGACAACAAGAAGUCUCGUAUCAUCCCCAGACAUUUGCAAUUGGCAAUCAGAAACGACGAGGAGCUGAACAAAUUGUUGUCCGGAGUAACCAUCGCUCAAGGUGGUGUUUUGCCCAACAUUCAAGCUGUCCUUUUACCCAAGAAAACCGAGAAAAAAGCUUAAUCGUAUAGCGGGUGAAAUAUUAUUUAUAUUAUUUA